AUGCGUAGCCUGUCUUUAUCGUCCAUUAUUUUAUUGUCGAUAAUAAAUGUUGUCAUAGCAAUUCGCUGCUAUUCCGGUUUGAAAUAUAUUGUCGGCCAGGACGAGUAUCAAGACUCAGGUGAAUUUAUUACUUACAGUUCUUCUUUGUACCCCGUCUUGUGA